AUGAGAGGUCUUGGCAUUGCCUUAUUAACACUACCCAAUGUUCUACUAUUGGAUGAACCAACAACUGGGGUCGACCCAAAAGCAAGCCGUCUCAUUUGGGAUAUCCUAUCAAAAAUUAGAGAAAGUAAUACUGCUUUGGUGCUCACGUCACAUAGCAUGGAGGAAUGCGAUGCGCUUUGUACACAAAUUGCAAUUAUGACAAGUGGUGAAUUCCGAUGUCUUGGCAGCGCGCAGCAUAUUAAAUCAAAAUACGGUAGCGGAUAUAGUUUGGCAAUACGAUUGUGCACAAUUAAUCAGAUUGAACCUACAAAAGAGCUGAUAAGAAAAACGUUCCCUAAUGCUCGACUAAUGAAUGAACAUGUAUUACAUCUGAAUUAUGAAUUAGCAGUGCAGAAAGGACAAACAUGGUCAGUGCUUUUCGAAAAGCUCGGGAAAUUGGCAGAAUCGGUUGAUGCAGCAGACUAUUCGAUCAGUCAGACAACUCUUGAUCAGGUAGUUAUCGUAUAUGAAAGUUUGAAAUUAGAUUUUCAAGUAAAGUAA